UUCAAGUUUGGUGCAGAUGAUGACCAAUCAUGAGCAAGAAGAAGAAAGACGGCCAAAGAGAUCCCAUCAACCUUGCCUCUAUUAUGAUUGAAGUACGUGAAUCCCGAGAUACAUGUCUCAUACUCAGUGUGGCCAGAAUUGAAUCACUCUGUUCUACUCGCGAGGUGGAUGUGAAUUCCAGGAAUUACCUUGGAUGGUCACCGCUGAUGAUUGCAUGUAUGCACACAAACAAUGAAUUGGUUAGCUUUCUACUGAAGCAUGGUGCAGACCCGAAUGCUACAAGCACCAAAGGGGGUAACACACCUAUGCAUUUUGCAUCAAUAGGAUGCAAUUGCUGCUGCUUGUGGGGAGAAAGCUGUCACUUAUUUGAUAGCUACCUUAACAAGGUAGCCAAGAAGCCAAUAAUAGACAUGAUGAGAAACCUGAUCAGUCAUGGAGCAACCCUGCAGUGUAAUUCUGAUGGGUUGGAUCCCCCAUCUUUUGCUGCACGACACAAAUUCAAGGCUUCUGUGGACUUUUUCGUGAAUAGGGGUACAUGUAGAUUAAAGGUACCCUCUGAACAGAAAGCACGAGCUUGUGAAAUCUAUGCUGUGGUAGUUGCAUUGACUAUGGGCUAUUGCAAAGCUGAUGAUGUAACUCCUCAUGAAUAUCUCUGUAAAGCGUUUGCUAUCCGGAAGGGAAGUGGAGUGCCAGUACCAGAUCAGGAGAGAGUAGGAAUAGCCAAUCAUUUUUCCUUAUUUAGAAUGAAGGCAUGCACCACCGAAAAGGAUUGGCAACAAAUUCAAUCUGACAAUUGGGCUGUAAGAAUACAGUGCUUCCUAGUUGCAUGUAGAGUGUUACCAGUGGAAAAGAGGGACAUAUAUCUCUUUCCAAGACUUCUAACCCAUGGACAUGAUUGUUAUCUCUUUUCCAAAGGAAAUGAACGGCGUUCUGAGGGUACUCAAAUAUUUGAGGAAGCAGUCCAAUGGGAAUUGAAAUCCACCACGGCCAAGCUGGGGAGUGUCUUGAAGAUGAUCCUUAAUGUCCUCUACGUCAUUUUCUUUGUUAGGCGAGAUAUUCAGCUAAGACAUGACCUUUUUGGGGAGUGCUACAAGCUUCUUGAACUUUGUCUUCAAGAAUUCACAGAACUCUCAGAUUCUCAUCUACACAAGUUUGCAACAGAGUUGGCCCAUGAUCACCUUGGAGCAUUCCUCUAUCAUGUUCCUCUCUAUGAUUUCUCCAUGUCAAAGGAAAUGUUCAAGUCACUUCUUCAAGUCUUUGGACGUAUGAUUUGUAUGAUGAGAAGAAGAUGUGGAAGAAGUUCCCCAUCAGUUACCCACUAUAUCAUGGAUAGGAUGACUCAAAUACUCUUGGACUCUGAUAGUAAGGGUACAUUGAAAGAAAACCGUGUGAAGCUGCUCAUAUCAGCUCUAGUUCAGUGUGAAGAUGCGACACAGAUAAGUGACAGUGGUAAUUCAAUGUUGCAUCCUUUGUUCAAUAUUAUCACUUAUGAUCUGUAUCCAUCAUUACUCCGGGAUGUGUCUCUUAUCCUUAUCCGCAAUGGAUGUGAUCCUGAUGUUCACAAUGCUGAUGGUAAGACUGUAAAAGAGAUGCUUUGUAAUUACGUAUUCUUUGAUCCAAACUCACCUAAGGACAAACAAGUGGUGACUGUCAUCUCUCCACCCACAGAAGUUUUGAGAUUGGAAGAGAUAGCAGCUAGGACAAUCUUACGUCACAAGAUACCCCAUGAAGGUAUUCUGCCGAGACACCUGUCUGUCAUGGUUAAAGGAGAACCUGAACCAGACGCAGAGCUCUUUCUUUCAAGUCCUCCAAGAUUUAAUUUUAAGUAUGGUGAUUGGGAUUAUGAUGAUGAGAGAUUGGAUGAGUCUGAUGAUGAUGAUGAUGAGUCUGAUGAGUCUGAUGAGUCUGAUGAUGAUGAUGAUGAUGAUAGUUGGGAUGGCGAGAAUGAUGAUUAG